UGAGUAGGAUUGUGAUAUUCAUGUAUAGCCCACCACCUUCUCACUCUGAGCUGUUUUUUGUGUUAAUGCAACACCUGAUGUAAGAUCUGUAAGACCUGGUUGAUAGCAAGGCCAGGCGACUUUAUCUGCCCCCUCAUUACUAGAGGAAACAGCCUUCACCACAAACAUAACAGUGGUUAUGGCAGGAUAUGAGUUACAAGCCCAUCUACGUUGUUUAUGCUAUGCAUGGGAACCUGUAGCUACAGAUCACAGAGUACAAAUACAAAGAUGGAUGACCAUGUAGUGGUUUGAUGAAUUAGGUGACGGUAUUUACUGGGAUAAUGUCACAUUUUUGCAAUAGUGUUCAGGUGAGAGCCAUCACCUCCUAGCUGUGUGAGUGACAUGCGAAUGUGUGAGCCAAAGUAAUGAAUCAAGUUUUCUCCUCUGAAGCAGCAAUGUAUCCUAUGUUGUAAAUUACAUACUUUAUCACUAAGAUCUUUAAAUCAGGAAAACUUUGAAUAUACAGAUUGCUUGAAAAUAUUUUGUGUUGCCGGGGAGAUGAGAAUAAAAAAUAUAAAGUAAAUAAACAAUUGUGGUAAUGGAAGAUGGAAUGGUCAUCAUUGUGCUGUUGCAGAGGAUUCCUGCUCUGUUCCUGAGUAUAAAUAAGUUGCUUGAAUGCCGUUGAGUUCCAAACAAAGCCAGUGAGGAAUGCCAGUAAAUGCUGGAAGAUGCAUAACUUAGUUUUUGCCUGUUGCCUCUCAUCAUCCAAAGUAUCUUAGUCAGUAUCUAUAGUGCCAACAACAAUACAUAAAACUAAAUAUGAAAUUCAUGUGUGGUACAAUGACUAAAAAAACCAGGACAAUGUACUGUCUGCUACUCUCAAAUGAGCACUUAUUAAUGGGAAUGUCCCAGAUGUAUGUCCACUAUCAUCAUUACUGAUCCAGAGCGUCUAGAGAGGGAUAAAAUACAUUAGUCUUAUAAAGCAUUUUAAAGGUUAAACCAUUUUUAAAAGUUAAACCAUUUAUUAAGGUUAUCAAGCCCUCCCUGACUUUCAAUUUACACUAAGAAGCAUAGGCCUGACUGCGUAGGCCCCAGCCCCUGUUUACUGCUGCAGAGGGAGCGCUGUGCUGUCUCCCAGCAGAUUGUCUUAUCAGUGACUGACAUAGUAGCACCACUGCUCAGCUGAUAGGAGGGAUCCAGCCCAACGGAACUCUGUGUGCCUGGUCGUCGCAUGUCCCAAACAGUUCAACACAGAACAUCACCCAAACACACAUCUAGUACAUGUAGCCAUCUCUAGUGGGUCUACCUUUAUGGUAUGUGCAUCUUUCUGCAAUAUGAAAUGAGGAGGGUUCCCUGCAACCACAGCCUGUCCUGAAUGUGUGCAGCAGCCAACUAUAUACUCCCACUGAGGAGACAAAGUGAGGGCUUGGCGAAUCCGGGCAGGCUGUGUGGGGGGGUGUCGAUGCCCACCCAUGCCCCUGGAGCCAGGUCACGUGGAGCCCCCAACGACCCAGAGAUGGACCUGGCCUGGCAGGAACUGAUGGCCAUCACAGAUCUUCAGGAGUUUGAGGUCCCCCAUGAUGGCCCAUAUGAAAGUAUUCAGUACCAUCCCACAGAGCCACCUAGAUCUCUGGGAAGUUAUAGCAUAGCUCAGUCUCACUCUCAUACACAGUCUCUCCCCUGUUGUGGUGAGACAAACCGUGAUGUUGCAUAUGAGGGAACCUACUCUGAUGUAAUGCCAGCCUGCCAGCAUCAGGCUACCAGUGAAUUAACUGAGGCACUGUACAGACAUUCUGGAACUCAUUCUGCAGCCCAGCUGAAUCCCAGAGUUCUGAACCCUCUGCCACCACCGCAGAUGAAUUUUCUAGAACAAAUGAGUCUGAUGAAUGUCAGUGGUGAGGGGUCUGUUGGAAAAGACAAUGCUGGCCUCUCUCAAGGUUCGAGUCGACACAUGCUAGGGACUGAUCACAGGCAGGGCAAACACCAACCAUGCACUGUGGAUGAUCUGGAGUCUGACUCGGGUUUAUCGUUGGGGUCUAGCCCACCGCUGGCCUCACCGGAUGAUGUCAUGACCGGCGUACCUGCUUGUUCAAGCACAGAGGUUGGUCUGAACUAUAGUCACAGGGGGAUGGAGAGUAUGGGUGAGCAAGGUAGGAGAGCUAGCCUCCUUUACUCCUUGGAUUAUCAGCAGCAUCCUACCCAGUCCUACCCCUACUCAGGGCCGCACCCCUCUUACUUCCCUGUAACACAACCAUCCCAAAUGCAACCACAGCCUCACUUCCUGCCUCCCAUGUCAAUGAAACAUCAACAGGGUUUACAGAGUGCAUUGAAUGACUUGCACCUUAACAGCUCUGUCAGCAUAGGGAGCUCUUCUCAGGCGUUUUAUGUAAAACCCAGAGGCAACCCUCCUCCUGUCCCUCUGAGCCGGGAUGAACGCAGAGCUCACGCCCUCAAGAUCCCUUUCCCUCUGGGGAAGAUCAUCAACCUACCUGUGGAUGACUUCAACGAGCUCCUGACCAAGUACACGCUCACGGACUCCCAGCUCGCCCUCGUCAGAGACAUCCGCCGGCGGGGGAAGAACAAGGUGGCGGCUCAGAACUGCAGGAAAAGGAAGCUGGAGAAUAUAGUUUACCUGGAGGGAGAGCUGGGUCAACUGCAGGCUCAGAGGGAUCACCUGGCCAGAGAGAGAAUGGAGUUCCAACACAACCUGGCUAUUGUUAAACACCGCCUCACAGACUUGUAUGCGGAAGUGUUCUCUCAGCUCCGGGAUGAAGAUGGACAUCCCUACUCUAUAGAGGACUACUCUCUACAGCAGACCCCUGAUGGGAACGUAUACCUGGUGCCACGUACUGACGUGUUGGAUGGAGAAUAAUGUAAAGAUGAAAUCUAUUGGACAGCUAUUGUAUACUGCCUCACUGUUUAUAUACCAUUAUGAAAUGUUGAUACAUCUACAGUACAGUAAGAGCCAUUAAGUAUACUGAACAAAAACAUAAAACGCAACAAUUUCAGAGUUUCACUAAGUUACAGUUCAUAUAAAUUAAUUAAAAUAGAUCAAUUAGGCCCUAAUCUAUGGAUUUCACGACUGGGAAUAGAGAUAUGCAUCGGUAGGUCACAUACCUUUAUAAACUUUUUUUUAAUGGGCCUCAGGAUCUCACCACAGUAUCACUGCAUUCAAACUGCCAUUGCCAAAUGCAAUUGUGUUCAUUGCCCGUAGCUUGUGCCUGCACAUACCAUAACCCCACUAUGGUGCACUCUGUUGACAUCAGCAAACCACUCGCCCACACACGUUGUCUGCAGUAGCGAGGCAGGUUGGGCGUACUGCUGAGCUUUUUGAUAUGCCACACCUGAGUUGGAAGGAUUAUCUUGGCAGAGUAAUGCUCACUAACAUUUGUGCAUCUUAUUUCAGCUCAUGAAACAUGGGACCAACAUGUUAAUGUUGAAAGUGUAUGGCAGCUAAAAGUUAUUUUUUCCAGAUACUGUGCUCAUGUACAAGCGAGUCAAUAGUUACAAGUGAAGUCAUAUGGCUAUGCUUGUUCUGGAUAUAUUUUAUUCAGUGGUAAGACAGUGCCAUCAGAAAGUAUUUCUACCCCUUGACGUAAUCCAUAUUUAUUGAAAAAUGAAAUUUCACACAAGUAUUCACACCCAAAUCAAAAGCUGAUCUAAGUCAACACUAGGCCACCCACAUUCAAUGUAGUCUUGGUAAGCAACUCGUGUAUGUUGUAUGGCUGUGUUUCAUGUUAAUAUCCGGCUUAAAGGUGAUUUUGCCUCUUUGGGUCUGAUGGAAAGCAGACUGAACCAGAUUUCCUUUAGGUUUUUGCCUGUGCUCAAUUCCAUUGAACUUAAAAAAAAAAGUUGUCCUUGCAGAUAACACCCAUAACAUGAUGCAGCCACAACCGUACUUACUGUGUCGAAUUUGCCCCAAGCAUAACACUAUUCAGGGCAUAGUAAUAUCUUGCCAACCGGAUGCAUGGUUGGAAUAUUUGUUCUGUACAGGCUUCCUUUUCAAUCAUUUAGGUUAGCAUUGUGGAGUAUCAAUGUUGAUCCAGCCUCAGUGUCCUCCCAUCAGCCAUUAAACGGUUUUAAAGUCACCAUUGGCCACCGUCUCCAGCAACAGCGUUUUGAAGGACACCUGUAUCUUUGUAGUGUAAUUAGUAAUGUCACCAUGUGCAAAGUGACAUUCAAUAACUCCCUGGUCUUGAUGUUAGAAAUGCACUGCUCAACCUCAAAGAUAAUUGUAUGUGUGGGGUACAGAAAUGAGGUAGCCAUUCAAAUCAUACUUACCGCACACGAGGCCAAGCAACUACCAAAGCAAAUUUACUCUUCAAAAUAGUCAUAGCCUUGUCAUUCAAUCAAGACAUACAUUUGGGGAAAUUAUAUUAUGUCCCUGCAUGAAUUGUAUUAGAGGAUGAAAAUUGUUUACCAUCUAUGCAGCUGUUUAAGCGUAGUAUUUAGCAAAUGACAGACCAAAAUAGAUUUAUGUAAAAAUAUUUUAUUGAUAAACAGAUGUGGGUAAAAAAACAAACAAGUAAAAUCCUGCACAGCAGUAACAAAAAUAACGACCAUUGCAUUUCUCCAGGCACCCUAAAACAGAAGACAAAUCACAACAGCCUUAGAGAUGAGGCUUCAGAUAUUCUCCCACAAUAAAAAUUGUGAAUAUUUCCAACUGUUAAAUGGUCACUUACCUUGUGCAAUGUUAUGGUGUGCAACGUCAUCAUGCUUUCAGUAGCAGUCCUUCAGAGCAGUUAGUUUCCUAGGAAAUAUCAGAAGAAAAGGAGACUGAGACAUUGAAAGGCGUUAGUCUGUUACCAUUUCAUAGUUUGACUGCCAACAUAAGCAUGCAUUACAAGGAUUGUAGCAUAUCUUUACGAUUAGUGCCAAAGGUCAAUGCCCCUUGUAUUACCAGAUGAACAGGGGGCAGUGAUUUGUACUAAAACAUCUCUGCACAUCCAAAUAAACUGUACAUGGUCAUGAAUGCUAUACUAUUCAUGUCUACAUUAUCUACAAGAGUUUGCGCGUACUAACUACAGAACAUGUUAUUUAAACUAACAGUAGUUGGAAAAGUCUCCUUACCCACAGACUGCAUUUAAGCCAUUUGGUAGCGGCUGCCUGCUAGUCUCAUGCCUUCUUGCUACUCACUCUCCCCUGCUUCACACUGCUCCUGUCAGGCGAUGGGCUGUUUACUAUGACUCGCCCUCAGCUCAGCUGGCUUCCAUGGCUGGCUAGCCUCAAGACUGCAUCAUGUAAGCUAGCCUUUGCUGGCAGGUGUGCUGUAUGACAGGCGAGUGAUCUAGCCAGCCAACUCAAAUCUCCGGUGCAGUUCUCAAAGAGAUCAUGAACUGUUGACUGAGUAUUAUACUACCAUAACUUAAUCCAUUGGGACCGUGUUCAGCAAUGACUUCAAAGCUAUGGUAUCACUUUGUCAAACCUUCCUUUGAGUGAUGUGCUGGAUACAUGUUAUUUUCUAGAUUCUGUAGUAUGUGCAUUGGAAGAGACUAGGGACAUCCCACGCAAGAAAAAAAUAAAACAUGGGGCUAGGCAAGUCUCCAUUGACAAGUGGUACUUUUCUUCAAGAGUCAUUGACCUAAUCCAUCAGUUGUGUGGACCUGUAUUUGUUCUAAUGCAUUAAACACCCAAACCAGAAAACAGCCUCCCCUCAUUCCCCUAAAAGACACUAACAAGACUGAACGACAGUUUAAAAAAAACUGAAAGGUGGUUUAUUUCAACUUGAUUGGUUGCAGUUACACAAAAAUAAAAACGACUCAAAGAAAAACUACAUAAAACCUCAUUGGAAUGCUUGCUUUCCAGAAACAUCAAAUAAUCCUGUUUGACAACACAGAAAAACGAAUGAAGCCCCUCCAUGAUUUCUCUAUUGUACACAUCUCUUCUUGUAGCAGAUGUAACCUGCCACAUCUGUUUGGCUGAGCAGAUCUAGGUUGUAAACCUGCAGCUGCCCUGUCACUUGUCUCGCUCUCCUCUCCUAAGUACUGAGUCCUGUUGAACAAUAUGGAACAACAUCAAGUUAAACUGUGUACUGACUGAUGGAAUGACCAGAACCUACUACAUGAGAUCCAGAGCCAGCAUUCUUAACACUUGGCUCAAGAGCUAAAAACACAACUACAAGGACUCAAUGCAUCAAAGUGUAAAAGAAUGGAUCCCCUAGUUUCAGAACACUACAUAUUUUACAAAUUCUAGAAUAUGCGUAAGUCUCAUCUACACACGUUACGUUUCAAACGGUCACAUUUAAAAACAUACCUUCUGAACAUUUAGAACCGUCGUCCACCGGAGCCCCCACCAUAUCCGCCACCUCCGCCACCCCCACCUGAGCUACCUCCAUAACCACCUGAAAAGAAACAUACAAAAGGUCAAAGGUUGAAUCAGAAAGAGCCCCCAGAAACUCAUAAAGUACAAAUUAAGGUGUUAAUUUACAGUCAAAUGCUUUGACAAACUAACCGUUAGUCACAUACUAGAUUCUCUGACGAAGUGCCAAACCAACACGUUUACUGGUUGCUUAGCACUGGCUGAGCAGUUGAUAGCCUGACAUGUGCCACCUACCACCAUAUGGGCCACUGUUCCUGCCACCGCCGCUACCCCCGCCACUGCCACCACCGCCGCCGCUGCCACCGCCACCACCGCCGCUGCCACCAAAGUUGUUACCCUUCAUCGGGCCGUAGUUGGAAGCCUGGUUGUUGUAGCUGCCAAAGUCAUUGUAGCCAUUUCCGCCACCAUUUCCGCCGCCACCACCACCGCCGAAGUUACCUGCACACAAUUUAAAAAGUCACAUUACUUAGUGAAGAUUAGUCUGGCCAUUUUACACAGGCUUAAGGAUAUUCCCAAUCAUUUGUGUACAGCUCGGAUAGAGUAUUUCAUGCAUCACUUUCAUCAAGUCAGCUAUGACCGAGUUCUCAUACUACUUCUUAUUUAGUAGGCCAUUUCGGUUUCUGGCCCAACGCUCUUAACCGCUAGGCUACCUGCCUACGCCUCUAAGGUUUUGUAUGCGAAAUCUCAGGUUUAAUAUGGUAACAUUUUAUGCUUACUACAUGCCAUUUAGAAGGGAAGUAUAGGUAGAUCAAUACUUUAACCAAACAGAAUGUAGUGUGAGAAUUUGAUCACAGCCUAUGAAGCCAUCCACUUACCAGCAACUGGUGCUGCCUCUUGUGGUGAAGCCAUGGACUUACCGCCGCCAAAGUUCCCGCCGUUGCCAUUGCCAUUGUUGUAGUCGUUAUAACCAUUUCCGCCACCGUAGCCCCCACCCUGUCCUCCGCCAUAACCUCCUUGUCCUCCACCAUAGCCACGGUUACCACCCCCAUAACCACCAGGUCCUCCUCCAUAGCCACCUAUAGAAAGUAAGGUUCUAGUCUAAAUACAUUCCCAGCAACAAGCGUGCACACUAUAGAUAUACAUGGAACCCUGUGGGUUUGAUUUCACUGAGGGGGGGGGGUGUGUAAGCGAAAUGUAUGCACUUUACUGUAAGUCCCUGCGGAACAGAACAUCUGCUAAAUGACUACAAUGUAAAUGGACCAGUCUGUUGCUGUGAGUCUUAUAGCUCUUCCUGCUGCCAUUUGUCUGACAGAGAAAUCAAAUCUUACCAUCUCCUCCCCCAUAACCAUUGUUGUAACCACCAUCUCCACCUCCAUAUCCACCCCCUCUGCCUCCUGAAACAGACGAGUCAGCAUCACCUAAAGUAUAUUGAAACAAUCACAAGUGGUUAAGUACAAAGGCUCAAGCAGAGAGAGUGGUUCAGGACCACCACAUACCCCGGCCACUGAAGUAUCCAUCACAGCCAAAGUCAUUACCUCCGUAUCCCCCACCUCUGCCAUAGUUGCCACCGCCGCCACCACCACCUCCACCACGACCUGGGAAGAAAAUUAUAAACCAUUAGUACUAGACCAACCUCAGAAGUAAUUAAAGAUUAAACCACUUGCCAUGAAGAAGUCAUGGACUUACCACCCCUCAUACCCAUUCCUGUAGUCUGCAUCUCCUGUCUGGACAAGGCUUUCCUCACUUCGCAAUUGUGACCAUUCAGUGUGUGGUACUUCUGAACUGGGGAUAGAAGAUAGACUUAAAAUUACAGCAGAACACAAAAGGUCAGUGACUUUAAUAAUAAAGAAAGUCAUUCAGACCACAACUUACUAACAAUCCUGUCCACUGCAUCAUGGUCAUCAAACGUGACAAAGGCAAAGCCCCUCUUCUUGCCACUGUUGCGGUCAGUCAUAAUGUCAAUUACUUCAAUCUUGCCAAAUUGCUCAAAGUAGUCUCGCAGGUGGGAGUCUUCUGUGUCUUCCUUGAUACCCCCAACAAAUAUUUUUUUCACUGUGACAUGAGCACCUGGUCGGCUUGAGUCCUCUCUGGACACCGCCCUCUUCGGCUCUACGAGCCUACCAUCAACCUUGUGGGGACGUGCUUCCAUGGCAGCGUCAACUUCAUUCACACCAGCAUAGGUGACAAAUCCAAACCCCCUGGAGCGCUUGUUGGCUGGAUCUCUCAUUACCUGUUGGUAAUAUAGAGUAAUGCAAAAAUAAUUAACUUGCACCGAAGUUAACCAAUCAAACCCUGACUGAUAAUGGAACCCCAUUCCGUAAUACUGCAGCCAACUAGGUAUAAGGGUUUCAAAUGUGUACACAAACACUCACCACACAAUCUGUAAGAGAUCCCCAUUGUUCGAAGUGUGCUCGCAAACUCUCAUCCGUGGUUUCAAAGCUCAGACCUCCGAUGAACAGCUUGCGGAGCUGUUCGGGUUCACGUGGGGCCUGGACAUAAAGGGAGAAUGCAUUUAGAGCGAAAGCAAAUGAGAGCGAGCGCUACAUUGUAGCGAACUAGGCCAAUCAUUUUCACAUAUUCCUGUAGUUACUCGAAACAAGUUGUGGAGAUCGAACAAUAGCAUAUGAUGCCGUCAGCACGGUGUAAUAAAAGAAAGGCCUUGACCACGGGUGGUGGGGGUCGACUGCGACUCCAUAAUUGUACAUUCGGCAAGUGUACACCAAAACAAAACUAUUUUUUUAAACCGGGAAGUGUGAACAAAGUAUCGGUUAAUAUUAUAGCAAAAGUGUAGUGUAAAACAAAGGAUACAGUUAACGUCCGCUUCAAAUGGCUAAACAAAACGCAAGAACAAUCAACGCCAUGAGGCCUGUAGCUAAGAUGGCGGCAUCCCCACAAUUAUAGCUGCAAUAUACACUCGUGAAGGGAAAGCCAUUUUGACUCGAUUGGUCAACGUGCACGAUAUAUUAAUACACUAAACGUAUAUAUCACAAAAUUGCAGGUAGAUAUUAAUUAGAAAACCUUACCUCCUUAGACAUUGUGGCUGGUAGUUUCCGAUCCCUUGUUCCUUAUUCGAGGACAGAAAUUCUGUGACAGAGAGACGACCGUGCCUGGAAAGAAAAUAGUAUAAUAAAUAGGGACGGAUACGCCUCUUGGAUUCAGCAAUUGGUUAGCUGUUCCCGCUGAAUUAUACUGUUCCUCUUCCGCUGCUACUCCGAUUGGGUACUUCACAGUCAGUUAUCAGCAAUAUCCAAUAAUAAAACGACACCAGCCGGGGGUGGGCGUGAGUUUACGUUUUAUAUUGUUUUAAUGUGUACGUCAAAAUACGUCACUUCAAUGGAGUUGAAUUUGAUGUUCUGGCAAGUCUGUAUAAAUAAACGUAAUAUAGUGUUUGAUAAAGCUUGCCAAAUGAUCCUGAAA